AUUACAGAUCUUAAAAAAAAACACAUUAAAAAACUGCAGGAAAGCCUUCCAUAAUAAUACUGCCAUGUCAUCUCGACUGAUGUUCUUACACAACAGCUGUAAAAAUGGCACAAACAGCCUCUACAGUCUCUGCUUUCAAAAGGUUUUCCAUCAAGUAUUUGAAAGUAUCAAGUCAGAUGUAUGUUCUUUCAGCACAAAAGCUGACCAUUACAAAGUGCUUGGAGUGGAUAAGAAUGCAACUCAUGAAGACAUUCGAGCAGCUUUUCUUAAAAGAUCUAAAGAGUGUCACCCAGAUAUCAGUAGUGGUAAGUCAGCAGAUAAUCACCAGCAGUUUAUCAUGGUGAAUGAGGCAUACACCACGUUAAGUAAACCUCUAACUCGCCGUAGUUAUGACCUGAAUUUGAACUUCGAGGAAUCAGAGAAACAGUACAACACUUACCAGCAGUCAGCACACACUCAAAAUUCCCAAGAGGAAAGCUUUUACGAACGUCCCCGGGCAUUCUAUGAUUUACAUUCCGUUAGGCAAAAAGCUGAAGACGAAUUCUACAGAAAGCAGCCAUACUAUGGAAUUAAAGGAGUUUCUAAAAUCUCCAAUGGAUCUAUAGUUAUGGCUUGCUUUUGUUUCAUGCUGACUGGAAUGUUAUUGCAUUUCGUUGUGCUUAGGCGCUCAUUUUCGAUGUACAAAAAAGUUUUGGAUGAAAAUGAUGCCAAGAGCCAUGCAAUCUUCAAGAAUGCUAAAGAGGCAGCAGCAACUUACUCUACACAGGAACUUAAACAAAAUUUAAUUGACAGUAGCAAUUUAACAAAGAAUACAACUACAGAGUGUAAGAAAACUGCUGAUCUAAAUCUAAGAAUGGAUUGAUAACUAGGAAUUGCUAAAAAUUGUUGCUGUAUCAUUUGUACAAAGUAGUGUGUUUAGAGGCUCUGAAAUUAAUACUCCUUAACCUUAAUAUCAGUGAGACAAUAAAACAGUAUAACUAUUAAACUUUGAAAAAAAAAAUCCUAAUGAGAAAGGAGGAGGUGUGAACUUCCUGGUUUUAAGCAAACUGCAUAUAAACAGUAUUGCGGCAUUGCAUUUGUGUAGGUGUUGGAAGAUAUUUUAUAAAAUCAUGUGUUGAAGACUGCCUGUGAAAACAGCAAUGCUCUGUGAAGUGAUAGCCCAGGGACUUGAUGUCCGGUGGUCCUCUCAUGAUACUGGAUAUGUGAGAAACAUUAUAGUUCAUGGGCUUGUUGUAGAAACUGCCGCUACAGCCAUCUGCAUGCAUUUCAGGUCUUAAUUAGUGAUAGUGUGUUGGAGAAAUAUAAAUUGAAUCAUGAUCUGUGAUUAGUGAGAGACUGUAGCAUUGUUUCAAUAAAUGCUAUUUUUACUAUUACUUUUCCUAUUUAAAUAAGCAACACAGGUUAAAAUAGUUAUGGAGAUGUGAUAUAAAAGUAAUGUAUUAAAUUCUAAAUCAACUACCACAGUGUGCCCAAACGGGUUACCGAAACUAGAUUUUAACAUUAUGUUGUGUUUUUUUUUUUUCAAUUAAAAAAUGGACAUUAUAAAGUAAAGGUUGGCAGAAAAUUAUUCUUGUCAUAUUCACCGAGGCGUCCCAUUUAUUGGACAAGGUUUGAACAUUUAGUCGACCAAGUAAGCCAGACUACUCUGUUUUGGAUACUUGAAACUCUCAUUUAAAUUUAAAGCAAAAAACAAAGAAAAAGCAAUUUAAUUUUUUUUUUAUAAAAACAAAAUUUUAAACAAACUACUAGUACUAGAAAUUGUAAUGACCUCAAAUUUAUAGUAAAUUAGUACAUCUCAAAUUCUUUUGUAAGCAGUGACUGCAAUUCAAUGAUGACAUGUUUAUAAGCUUUUUAACCAGCAAGUAAACUCACUGGUCCAGAUUAUAUUUUUAAUAAAUAAUACCCAAUAAGUAAAAUUAUAUAAAACAGUGGUUCUUAACCUGUGAUCCAUGGACGAUCCAAGAUCAUGAGGGGAAAGAUGCCAGGCGAUCCUGGAGCAGAAUUUGCUUGAAUUUUUAAAAAAAUCUAUUUUUAAGAAUUGACCCGUGGUCUUCAUCCAACUAGCAAAGGGCUCAAUGGGAAUCCUAAUCUAACAUAAUGUGAAUAAUAUUAAAAUGAAAGUUUUAAUGUUUGAUUUAGGUAAACAAAUUUUUUGAACACUUUACAUUUGAACAUGAAAAUUUUAGGUUGGAACAAGUAAAAUGUGCAUAACCAUAGGAUUGUAAUGCUAGCUUAAAUUUUAAAAAAAAAUCAAGAAGUAUGAAAGCAAUCGCUUAAAGAUGAUUACCAUAAUAAAAGAUACAUUUUGAC